UAGAGUGAGACGUGGCGACAGAGGAGUCUAACGCAGCCCAUACAUCAAGUGGUGCACAAAGAACUGAGGACUGAGAACAAACAAAAACAAAUAGAUUAGAUAUUACUAUAAAGAGAAAAAAAGAAGAAGUGCAGUGUAUGGGACCGUUCUGUUCUGGGACAGAGAGAAAGAACCAAGAAGGAACAAUAAGACGUGUUUUCCAGAAGGACCCUUGGAAUCCUGCACUUUUACACAAUCCAUCUCUGUCUUUCUCUUUCUCACACAAACACACACACAGUCCUAGAGCAGGAGAUUUCUAUCUGUAUUCGUCCCUGCAGCUCUAAAAGCGAGUGUGUGUGAGUGAGAGAGCCUGUCGUUCCCCUGGAGUCUACGGGACCAUGGCACCUGUCAGAGACGCAGCAGCUCUUGGCUGAAGACACACACAUGCACUCACACUUAACACACACUCUGAGAGAUUAGGAGUACAAAGUUCAGAACCCUUAUCACAGGAACCAUCACCAAAGCAACUUAAAGCCCAUCUCUAAUCACCUUCGAUCAGACCUGAAGAUGAUGAUGAUGAUGACUAUGAUAUUGGUGGUGAUGACUGUCAUGCUUGGCCUGAUCAGUGUCAGCUCAUUAUCCAGUGGAGCAUUUGUGUCUUCUUCUACCUCUUCAUCUUCUUCGCCGAGGAUGAAGUUUACUUAUAAAGAGCUCCAGCAGUUUAAUGGAGUGAAGCGGUUUGAGUUAGAGCGCUCGUGCUGUUUCGGAUCACUCCUAUUGGAUGAAGAAAGGGGUCGGCUCUUUGUAGGAGCACGGAACUACCUGUUGUCUCUCAGCCUGGACAACAUUGCCAAGAAUGAACAAAAGAUUUACUGGCCGGCCCCUGUGGAAUGGAGGGAAGAGUGCAACUGGGCAGGGAAGGAUAUCAAUACGGACUGCGUGAAUUAUGUGAAGCUUUUACAUCACUUUAACCGAACACACCUGUAUGCCUGUGGGACUGGAGCCUUUCAUCCGACCUGUGCUUACGUGGAGGUUGGACAGAAAGUGGAGGAUCACGUGUUUCGACUUGAUCAAUCUCUCCUUGAAGAUGGUAAAGGGAAAAGUCCUUAUGACCCACGACACACUGCAGCCUCUGUUCUGGUUGGUGAUGAGCUGUAUUCAGGAGUGGCCACUGACCUAAUGGGAAGGGAUUUCACGAUUUUCAGGAGCCUGGGACAGAAACCCUCCAUACGCACCGAGCAACACGACUCUCGCUGGCUCAACGAGCCCAAGUUUAUAAGUGCUUUUGCUGUUCCGGAAAGUGAAAACCCUGAUGAUGAUAAGGUCUUCUUCUUCUUCCGAGAAACUGCCGUCGAAGCUCAAGGCUUCGGCAAGGUCACCUACGCUCGGAUUGGCCAGCUUUGCCGGAAUGACAUGGGAGGGCAGCGUAGUUUAGUGAAUAAGUGGACAACCUUCUUGAAGACUCGACUUGUCUGCUCUGUACCAGGCAGUGAUGGCAGUGAAACACACUUUGACGAUCUCAGGGAUGUGUUCCUGCUGCAGACGCGAGACAGGAAGAAUCCUCUGGUCUACACAGUUUUUUCUACAUCCAGUAGUGUAUUCCGUGGAUCGGCCGUCUGCCUGUACACUAUGAACGACAUCCGCAGGGCGUUUCUGGGGCCGUUUGCCCACAAAGAGGGCCCCAAUUACCAGUGGGUGACUUUCCAAGGCAAAGUCCCUUACCCUCGCCCAGGCAUGUGUCCCAGUAAGACGUUUGGAAGUUUCGAGUCCACCAAAGGCUUUCCAGAUAACGUGAUCCAGUUUGCGCGUCAUCACCCCUUGAUGUAUAACCCAGUGACGCCACUCGGUGGCCGUCCACUCUUCCUGCGCACAGGAAUGCCUUACAGCUUCACACAGAUCGCUGUGGAUCGAGUUAAUGCUGCAGACGGCCACUAUGACGUCAUGUUCAUCGGAACAGAUGUCGGCACUGUUCUGAAAGUGAUCUCUGUGCCUAAGGGAAGCUGGAGCAACACAGAGCUGCUUCUAGAGGAACUGCAAGUCUUCAAGGACUCUUCAUCCAUCAUCAAUAUGCAGAUCUCUUCCAAAAGACAACAGCUGUAUGUGGGCUCUGAUACAGGUGUGGCGCAGGUGCCACUGCAUCGCUGCAGCAUGUACGGUAAAGCAUGUGCUGAGUGCUGCCUGGCACGAGACCCCUACUGUGCCUGGGAUGGACACCAAUGCACACGCUACCUUCCUAACACCAAACGGCGCUUCCGUCGGCAAGACGUCAGGAACGGUGAUCCGAACACUCUCUGUUCAGGAGAUCACCAGAAGCAGCGUGUUGUGGAGAAAAAGCUGUAUGCAGUGGAGGGCAGUAGCUCUUUCCUGGAGUGCAUGCCCAAAUCACUACAGGCCCAGGUCACAUGGACCUCCCAGAGACACCCGAACAAUCCCCGAGAAGAGGUCCGUCUAGAUGAUCGCGUGCUUCAGACUAAUCGAGGCUUGUUGCUGCGGCGAGUGUUGCGCAGAGAUGGUGGUGUUUACCAGUGUCACGCGAUGGAGCAUGGAUUCACCCAAACGCUGCUCAGCAUCACGCUGGAAGUCGUCCCCACUACGAGCCCCACCUAUAGCAUAGGACAGAACCCGGCCCAAAGCCAAGCACAGUCCAGCAAUCAGAAGCUGUGGUACAGAGACUUCAUGCAGCUGGUUGAUCACCCCAACCUGAGCACCGUGGACCAGAUCUGCGAGCAGGUGUGGUCACGCAAACACAGCCAAUCAGACAAAGCAAUGGCGGACGCAGCCAACGAGUCUCCGUCUUCUGAUCCUCUGCACUCCACGCACAAAAAGUGGAGGCAUCUGAAGGAGGUGAGGAAGGGGAGGAACCGCAGAACACACGACGGAAAACCUGCACCUCGUGCGCCUCGGAGUGCGGGAGAGUAACAAGGGAUGGAAGAAGAGAGAAAGAGUGAGAGAGAGAGAGGGACAGAGAAAGAAGGAGAGAUCACUGGAGUUGGACAAAACCACACACACACCAUCACGUGACUGUUUAUCAGAUAACACAAACAAGCUAUAGGUUAGAAAUCCACAUUAUGCUUCUCAUACUUUACAAUUUAUCACACACCAUUGCCUUAGUGCACUGCUGCUCCAUCCUACCCCCAUCUAGGGUGCGUUCUUUUAUCCCCCCAAAAAAAUCCUGAAAUCAUUCUACCACCCUUUACACACUCUACUGUCAUGUUACAUUACUUUACCAGGGGUGGUAUUAUUUCCGUUUGCAUUCUAAGCCCUCAAACACACCAAUACACCCCUUCCUACACUUACUCCUAUCUCCACACACUCCUCUAUUCCUCUAUACACCACUCAUAAACUCAUUACACACAUUCCUGCCCAUACACUCCAAUCAUACCCUCUCUACACACUCCCUGUACACACUUAGCCAUGAUGUCAUAUACAUGACUAUACACUCGAUAAACACUGCAAUUUACACAGGUACGAAUCACACACACACACACACACACACACAUACAAUAAUGCAAUAAUUAUUCACUUGAGCUUCUUUCUGAACACAGAGGCCCAUUUAAAAAAAAAGUGCAGACAAGGAUGAUGUCAUUCUGAACCAAACUGUCUCAUCGUGUUUACGAUUCUAAACAGAUGGAAUAGUCCAAACCAUGGACAAAGCAUUACACACACACACACACACACACACACACACACACACACACACACUUGAUAUGUAGAAAAACUGUACAGCAGUGCAGUUGCAUGCAUCGUCUUGGAACAGCACACACACUCUGCUUCUAGAAAAAAAAAAAAAGAAAAAAACUUGUAUAUUUCGUGUGUUUGUGCUUCGUGCUCUUUGUGUUCUGUAGAUUAGAAUUUCCUCUGUAUUCUCGAAUAUUCUCUGUAGAACCAAAACCACUAUUAAGCUAACCACCACUAGCUGCCUGUUACCAUAGAAACCCUUAAAGCUGCUCUCUGGUCUUUACCAUCAGCAGGAAACGGGGAGAAAGGAACUCAAAACUGUGAACUUACCCACAAAAUAUAAUCAUCAGCAAAUUUCGAGACAGCGAGCGUUAGGGCAGGGUGGCCUGGUUGCUCACUGGCGCCACCUGUUGUACAGAAAGACUUUGAGCUGCUUUAACUUUAUCCAAAGCGCAUUUUGUGUGAGAUCACAUAGUGGUAGGGCGUGUGCACUGUACCUGCAUGGUGUGUGACUGUUUGCUUUGCAAUAUCAUGUUCUAGACCCUAGACCAUCAAAGCAGGAGUGCAUUGUGGGAAAAUCAUACAAAAAAAGUUAUGAUGGGGAGGAGGAUGUUUUAGUUUUGAACCCAUCUGUCGAUGAUUUGCAAGACAAGAUGCUUGAGCGCGUGUGUCUGUCUGUGUGCGUGUGUACAGUUACAAUAACAAUCUUUUUUGCACAUAUAGCAUGUUUAAUUAGUGUUCAUUCAUUUAAUAGUAAAAACAAAACAGUAAGCAGCUUAUUAUAAUGAUAUCAGAUUUACCCAUCAGCCCUUUCUGCUGAUGUAGGGAUGUUUUAGGUUAGAUGGUGAAUGACAGAUGAUACUUCCUUCCUCCCCCAGACCAACCAGUUACAGUUUUUUUGUCUGUGCAAUUAAUGAAAACACAGGCUCUAUUUCUCAAACACCUCACACACAAGCAGCAUGACAAA